AGAGGCAGGGUGGGACACUUAAACUUCCAACAAACUUCUCCCCUUAGACUCACUCAAAACUUUGAGCUACACUGAUAAGUCCUGACCUAGCUGCCUGAGCUCCUGCUGAGACAUGUCGGACAGCGCCUCUGAUCCGGGCUCCAUUACCAAUCCGAAGAAGUUUAAGAAUCAGGACUUCGUGUCUCUGCGUGAUGACUGUCUCCAGUCCGGCAAGCUCUUCGAGGACCCGAGCUUUACUGCUGAUCAGAACUCCAUUGGCAUGCCGGCAGAUCCGGACCCCAAAAUGGCCAUCAAGUGGCUGAGACCCAAGGAAAUCAGCAGCAACGCUGUCUUUGUGGAAGGAACCACAGGCACUACUGAUAUCUGCCAGGGCCAGCUGGGUAACUGCUGGUUACUCGCUGCUCUCUCCUGUCUCACUAUGCACCCUACUCUGUUUGAGAAAGUGGUCCCAUCAGGACAAACCAUAGAUGAAUCCUAUGCUGGAAUCUUCUGCUUCAGGUUCUGGCAGUAUGGUGAGUGGGUGGAGGUGGUGGUGGAUGACAGGUUGCCCGUGCGAGGAGGCCGUCUGCUCUUCAGCUACUCGCGCACUAAGAACGAGUUCUGGAGCGCCCUGGUGGAGAAGGCUUACGCCAAGUUGAUUGGCUCCUACAGCAGUCUAAAGGGAGGCAAUAUUUCUGAGGGGAUGGAGGACUUCACGGGAGGCAUUGCCUACACUCGUCCUGUUUCCUCCCGCACUCCUCCCGUCCUGUGGAGGACUCUCACUGCGGCGCUGUCCAGAGGCAGCCUACUCAGCUGCUUCAUACAGGCCAAAAGUGUGAAAGAGAUCGGUAGUGUGACUCCAGAGGGGCUGGUCAAAGGUCAUGCCUAUGCCAUCACUGCCACAGAUAAGGUGCACAAGAAAGCUGAGGAGGUGUUACUGGUGAGACUGAGAAACCCCUGGGGAUUUGUGGAGUACUGUGGACCGUGGAGUGACAAGUGUAAAGACUGGGAUGGCAUAGACAGCGCAGAGAAGACCAGAAUCAAAUUGAACAUUGAGGAAGAUGGAGAAUUUUGGAUCGGGGUGCAGGACUUUUGCAAGCUGUUUGACACAGUGGAGUUGUGUAGUGUGGAUCCUGACUGUGAUGCUGGAGAGGAAGGUAAUGCGACUGGCACCUCCUCAUGGUCCUUGACCUCCCACAAAGGAUCCUGGGUCCCCAUGUGCUCUGCAGGGGGCAGCCGCAAAAAUGCACGAACUUUCUGUAAGAACCCUCAGUUCCACUUGGUUCUGUCGCAGCAGGAUGUGGAGGAAGUGGAGAUCGACGAGGAUGAUUUGGAUGGCGGGGAUGAUGAUGAUGAUGUCGGCACUGCAGCUCAGGCAAAGAGCAGUGUGGACAAACAAAAAGAGAAGAUGAAGAAAUGCACAGUACUGAUAGAGCUGCUGCAGAAACACCGUCGACUGAAAGACAAAGUCAACUUCCUUUAUAUCGGCUACCACAUCUACAAACUGCAGGACAGCACAGGUUCUUUCAACCAGCCGUUUUUUGAUGCUAACCCACUGGUGGGCCGCUCUGGAAAGUAUCGUAACGUGCGGGCUGUGUGGAGGGAGGUGCACUUGGACCCGGGACACUACAUCAUUGUGGCAUCCACACAGAGGCCCAACCAGCCCGGGGAGUUUUUCCUCCGCAUCUAUGCCAAGAAAGGCAACACACUGGGGGUUCGUGAGAUCAGCUGUCCUACUGCUAUUACCACGACUGUCAUGUCAAAGCCUCCGUCACCUGAGGAUCAGAGAAUGGUGCAGAAGUGGUUUGAUGAGGAAGCUGGACUGGAUGACAAAUUAAACGCUCUGGAGUUUAUGAAGCUGGUCAACACAGUGCUGGAGAAGGACUACCAUGUUCCUCUGGAGACCUGCAGACAACUCAUUUUCACACAAGAUACUGGAGGUAGAGGCAGGCUGAGUCGUGCUCAGGCCGAUAAUCUCCUCUCAUCUCUGCAAAGUCUGCAGUCAAUCUUUCUUGAGUAUGACGAGGAUUCUUCUGGAACCAUUAGUCCUUUUGAGCUCAGUCAAGCUCUUAAAGCAGCAGGUGUGCAGUGUGAUAAUAACAUACUACACAUGCUGUGGGAGCGCUUCGGCUCUGGAGAGCAGCAGCUGCCUUUCUGCAUCUUCGUGUCGUGUGUUAGCAGACUGCAAGUCCUAUUUGCUCUGUUUGAGUCAGAAAGCAGCCUGGAGGUCAAAAGCAGAGGCAUAAACACGUGGCUGCUCAGGCUGCUGGCUGUGUGAGCGCACUCAGAUGUGACACCUCAGCAGGACAGACCUGUACGGCCAGGACUAUGCAGACGUCAUCCACCUGGACCUGCGUUAUUCCUCUUUCUAUUUCAUUUCAUUUACAUCACACUCUCUCUGGGCCUUGUUCCGAUCGCUUCCACCCACCCAUUCACCCAACCCUCCACCACACAGGUCAUAUGGGUCAUUCCUGUUUAUGGUCCAGACACACGCGCUCAGCUUUUGUGUUUUAAAAUAGAAGCAUAAUAAGACCUAUGUUCUGUAUUACUAUAUUUUGUAUUAACCAUACUUUUUUAUUAUCUGUCUGCUUUCUCACAAUUAUGUUUGCUUUAUUUGAUUGAUACAAUUUUUAUCAUAUUUUUAUUACUCUAUUGUCGUUCCACAAAUAUGCUACAAAUCCAUAAGGACCAGAAGUUACUAGUUAUUUUUCUUUAUUAACUGAUAGAAUGAUUAACAAGAAUCAACUGCAGCCAUAAUACCAGUACCAGCAUAUCAUCACAUCCUCUUAUAGACCUGGAUGAGAAUAAAUAUGUGAAAUGUAUUAAUAUAAACAGGAUAAAUAUAAUAAAAUGAUCAUAAAUAUUAAGAGUUUAUUAUCGCUUCCAAGUUGUGCCAAAUUUCUCAGCUCCUCUAGUUACCAAAAACAAAAUACAAAUGUCUAUAACAUCCAAAAUGUGAUAGAGAUAAAAAUGCAACAAAAAUGCUAAAAAAAAAAAAAAAAAAAAAGGCUGGGAUUACAGUGAGAUAAGAUUCAUUUUGCUUGAACAUUCAUCAAAUAUUUUAGGAAUUAAACACUUCUGUUCUACUGGACUGCAGUUAUUGGGUCUUAAGCCUGACGUGAACCAAAACGUUUUGCUGUUUUUAUUAUCAUCAAAUCCAAAUUUAUUAACAGUAUCUGAGGAUGAAGAAGUGUAUUGCCUCAUCUUUUCUUUUUAGUCUUCCUUCCAGUGGGCAUGGGAAUCAAUGAUCUUCCAAAUAAAUCUGAGUAUCCAUAUAUAAACAUGGAUCUUUCUUUUCAUAGUGGAUGCGUAUACAUACACCUACACACACACACACACACACACACACACACAGGGCUAGGGGAGUGAGAGUGACUGCUGGUAUUAAAAGCGAUGUCUCAGCAGCGCUGCACGCAUCGCCUCUAUUCUUGUCGCUCUGACGCCACGCACCGCGUCAUCACGCCAUCGCUCCCUCCUCCGCUACGUUCUCCCUCUCUCCCUCCCUCCAGCUCUCUCUAGUAACUGGCUUGGUCUGCUGCCUCCUCCCCUUGUUCCCUUUCCUCUCUCACUCUCUCACACAGCCACACAUGCUCGCUCACACACUUUUAUACGCUCUCGUCCUUUUUCCUGAACCCCUAUUUAUAGAAGUUUAUUUAUGCAAGACAGAGCAGAGGUUGCCCCCGGCAACAGGCCAAGCAUUUCUGGAAAGGAACACCUGUCAUUCUGGAAACAGCUGUCUCCAUUUUCUCUUCCUCUUCUUCCUCUUGUACCAUUUAUUUGAGUACCUCAGGGUGCUUUUGACUCUCUGGGUGUCCAUCUUUGUGCACAUGGAUCUUCCUUCUCUCUCUCUCUCUCUCUCUCUCUCUCUCUCUCUCUCUCUGUGGUCUGUAGAUCUGGCAUGAGACAAGCUGUGUCUAGCUGUACACUACACAGUUGUCAGGCCACACACUGAGGAACUUCCUGUCAUCUCCCGGGACAUACACCUCCCACAGAGCAAGAUCAAAUCUCUCUAAAUCGUGGUCAUACCAUCACACUUACACCCCAGCAGAGCUGUACAAUCAGCAUGGGUCAGACAAGUGAAUAUCUCUCUCUCUCUCUCUCACACGCACACACACACACACACACACACACACUUAGAGUCCAGGCUAAAGCCUUAGCUACACCAGAACCAGAAAGAGUCACCGACACAAAAAUAACCUUUAGGUGACCUUGACAAAUCUUCAGAAAUACAAUACGUUUAUGCCAGGUAUUACUUCAAUAAAAGAAUCUCAAUUUAUUCUAGAAAUAUAAUAUAACCAAAUGCAUUCUAAAUGUAUUUUAGCUACGUUUAGCUGCAAAACCUCUUAUGAUUCAGAGUGGUUUAGUAUAUUCCAGCCAGAUGAAGGAAAAUGCUGGCUUUCAGCAGAUGAAGUGAAUCAGUCUGUCACAAAACACAGGAAUGAGAGCAUUUCCAUUCAUGUACUCCAUGUCCACACUGAAACACAUUAAAUGCCGAUGCUAAUCUGU